AUGAACUCUAAGAGGAAGAAGACUGAGGAUGAUGAUGAGAUUACAAGAAAGAGGAAUGAGAGGAAGGAGAGGCGAGAGAGGCUGUUAAUCUUAUCAAAGAAGAAGAUUGCUGAUGAGUUGGACAAGAAGAGGAAUGCUGAGAAGUUGGCCAAGAAGAGGAAGGCUGAGAAGAGGAAAUCGAAAAAGAAUGAUGAUUCGCCCCCCACGCCAAAAACCUCUCGCAAAUUGGUUUUUGAUGGCUCAGAGGAGAAGAAUGAUGACGUGCAUGAGAAUAAGGAGAACAAGGAGAAUAAGGAGGUGGAGGAGAACAAGGAGGAGGGGGAGAAUAAGGAGGUAGAGGAGAAUAAGGAGGAGGAGGUGGAGGUAGAGGGGAAUAAGGAGGUGGAGGAGAACAAGGAGGAGGGGGAGAAUAAGGAGGUAGAGAAGAAUAAGGAGGUGGAGGAGAACAAAGACAAGGAAAAGGAGGCGGAGGUGGAGAAGGAGAAGGAGGUUGAGAAGGAAGCUGAGAAGAAUGACAAGGAAGAAGAUUUGCCCCAUGUUCCAAAGGAGAAGAAAGAGGAGAAGAAGUCGAAACAAUUGGGGGAAUACACCGACCCUGGUGGGAAAGGGUUUAAACUAAAUGAUCCGGUUAAGGUUAAUCCUUUGUUACGAAUUGACGAGGAAAAGAUGAAGGAGUUGAAGAAAUGGUUAAAGAGUGAUGCAAAGGAUUUCAAGGAGUUGACGACUUGCUCUGCAGAUCGUUCUUUAUUCAACAGAUUGCUCAAGCCUCAACAAUGGUUACACAAUACGGAGAUAGAUGAAAUCUGUCAUCUACUGAAACGAAGGGCUGAGGAGUUCCCUAAGACAUAUCCAAGAAAUUUCUCAAUUGCUGACUCCAAUUUAUCUCAGAAGAUGAGUAAUCGCUAUGAAGUGUUCACCCCGAAUCCUGCAGGCUACAAAUUCGACGAUCUCAUGGAAUACGUAAUUGGUGAAGGAAGUAAUCCUUGGAAUAUUGUUGAUAUGAUAUACGUACCCUUGAACAUAAAGCAGAAGCACUGGGUCCUGUGCAAGAUUCAUCUUCAAGAUUGGUGCAUAUAUGUAUAUGACUGCGAACAGAAUAUGUUCCCAAAGGAUGAAUAUGACACAUUCUUGGAACCAAUGUGUGUAAUGGUGCCGUACUUGCUUGAACAGGGGUUCAGCACGAGCGAUAAACAAAGGUUUCCACAGAUCAAAUUGGAUGCGAUGCCAUAUUCCAUAAUACCACACCCCAUAGUCCCAAAGACAACCAAAAGUGGGGACUGUGGGGUUUUUACUAUUAUGCAUUUGGAAUACCUUACUGCCUCAUUGGAUAUAUCAAAUGUGGUCACUGAAAAUAUGAAUUUUUGGAGAAACAAAUGGGCAGUAAGGUUAUUCCAUCAAAUUGUAGACCCUUGA